AUGGCUCACUCGCAAAAAUCGACAGACAAGUGGAGCGAGAUGCAAGACAGCUCACAGGAGUCCUUGGAGGUGCCGACAAAGACGGCGUCAACCCGCACCUCACCAGUGCCGGGAGCUCAAGAGAGCGCGCGUCGAACGCCAUCGCCUCACACCCACGCCACACGGGCGAACACGGCCGUCUCCACACUGACCAGCGAGCUGCAGAUCAAAGUGAGGACACAGCUGGAGCGGAUCGACACAGCUCAACGCUUGCUCAAAGACGCUCAAGACCGGAAGGGGCAGCUCGCCAAGGACGAGCUCGAUGACUUCAAGUUCCAGAUCGACGAAGCUCAGAAGGCGUUCCACAAAGAGCACGCCCACUUUGAAAUCGUGUGGCCCGCUACGCAGCUCGACCAUCCCUACUUUGAGGAAAAUUAUUUCCGCCAGAUGCAGCGUGCCAGCUCAGCUCUCAGGUCGCUCAUCGCUCAAGAGAGGACCAGACUGGCGACUCAACGACCAGAUCAACCAGCCGAAGCAGGGACCACUCAAGCGGCGAAUCAACAAUCUCGCCUUCCGGACAUCUCACUGCCAAAAUUUUCUGGCGAUUAUAUACAAUGGCCAUCAUUCUUCGAGCUCUUUAGCUCGAUCGUGCUCAAAAAGGCUCACCUCGACGAUGUGGAGCGGUUCUAUUAUUUGAAGGGAUGCCUGGAAGGAGAGCCGCUCCAAAGCGUAUCGAAUCUCCCGCUCACCGGCCCAUCGCUGCACGCUGCGAUCGCCCAGCUCAAAGGGCGCUAUGAGAACAAGCGGCAAUUAGUACAAGCCCAUCUCGACCAGCUCGCCUCGGUGACGGUGUACCAAAACGACCCAAAGUCACUGAGUCAGCUCGUCUCCACCGCCCUCGAAACGAAGCAAGGAGUGCUCAAUAUAAUCGAGCCCAGCUCACUCGGCGAAUGUAUGCUUGUGCACCAAAUGUGCCGUAAGCUCGACCGCUCAACAAAGGAGAGGUGGGAGUCAGCACUGGGAUCCUCCACGGAGUACCCCAGUUUUGAUCGGCUCGUGGAGUUCGUGACCUCACGAGUGUGA